CUUUGACCACUCAGAGGGCAACAUAGUCGUAUAUAAACUUCAAUCAUGCGCAAUGUUAAACAAAAUUCAUUAAUUUCUGUGGUUGAGUAGUCGGCGCUCAGCAUUGUUGGCUGCUUUUUAAAUUCAUUCAAAUUUUCUAACACUGCCCGGAGAAUGUCUGGUCGUGAAGGAGGUAAGAAGAAACCACUGAAGGCACCUAAAAAGGAGAGCAAAGAAAUGGAUGACGAGGACGUUGCAUUUAAACAGAAGCAGAAGGAACAACAAAAAGCUCUUGCGGAAGCAGCAAAGAAAGCAGGACAAAAAGGUCCUUUGGUUACUGGUGGAAUUAAAAAGUCUGGCAAAAAAUGACCCAUGUACUUAAGGACUCUAAAGACUACAAACGCCGUACAUGCGAUACUCAAAUAGCUAAUUAAUAUUAACAGAAAUUGAUGUGUUACCGAAUCUUUUUUUUAUUUUUCCUGUCUACACCAGAAAUCAUUACGAUGGACAUUUAAUCUUUGUAAAUAAACUAAAGGACAAGUAUUAGCUAGAAUUUAUUCCUCAUAAAAUUUAAAUUUUCAUAAUAAAACUAUUACUAUUUCUCAAACAA